UCAGAAGGCGGCCGUUUUCUUAAGGGCAAAAGUACGCGAUAGGAGCUGCCCGGUGUAAGCUUUCCUCUUGCUCUCGAAACCGAUGUCCUGUCAGAGGAGCCAGCCCUUGGCAGCCUUGCUUCCUCGCUGCCCAUUUCCCACUCUCUUUUAAAAGCGUUUCAGUUGGAGGGCAUUGGGGGCAGCUGAAAAAAGCAAGCUACCUGUUUGAUAAAGCUGUUGGAUAUUAUGAAUUGCUCAGCAGAUGUUGGCUGUCAGUUCUAACAUCCAUUUCCAUUGGCAAAAUUCUGCUGGGAGCAGUUCUUCAUUCCAAGAAAAACAUUCAACAACAUGAAGCCUGUUAUUGUUGUUCAUGGUGGAGCUGGUCGCAUCUUUAAAGAACGGGAAGAUGGAAGUCGUUCUGGUGUCAUCAAAGCAGCAUUGAAAGGUUACGGUAUCCUUAAGCAAGGAGGAACUGCAUUAGAUGCAGUUGAAGAAGCCGUGGUAUUAAUGGAAGAUGAUCCACAUUUUAAUGCAGGUUAUGGCUCUGUGUUAAAUGAGAAGGGUGAAGUAGAAAUGGAUGCCAUUAUCAUGGAUGGAAAAAAACUAGCCUCAGGAGCAGUAUCAGCUGUGAAAUGUAUUUCUAACCCAAUAAAGCUUGCUCGUCUUGUCAUGGAAAAGGUAUGCCAAAGGUGAUCUUCAGCAAAAAUCACAGUUUCCCUUUGGGUUUUGAUUGAAGUACUAUGCUGCUUUGUGGUCUAAGCCUCUAGCCUGGUGUUAAAGACACAAUAGGAGGAAAUGUUGCAAUUCAGGUGAUAAUUGCAUUUUUUAACAGUUUCAUAUAAACAGAAAGCUGUACAGUAGGCUUGGCCAGCAGCAGGGAGCCUCUGAUCUGCCAAAUGUUGCUGAGUGCUAGAAUUGAUAAUACCAGCCAGCAGUGGUAUUACCACUGUGAAUGAUGUUAGGAAUUCAGGUUCAACAGCAUCUGGUGGGUCACAGAUUCCUCAUUCCUGGGCUAGGGUCAGACCUUUCUCUCUGAUGUGUACUGUCUUUCACUGGCAAAGAGCUUGUUGUGAUUACAUUUUACAUGAAAUAUUAAAUAUGUUACCCCUGUAUUCUGUAGUGGGAUAAUCUGUUCUACCUCC